AUGGAGAGUACACAACCGCUCUCAGUCCAUAUUUCCGAAGAAAGAUAUAAACCAACAGCAUCAAAUGAUAAUGAUUACGGUAUUGGAUAUCCUGAAAAUAAUUAUGGUUAUAGUUCAGCGCAAAUUAGUUAUAUUAUCGAAAGUGCAAUUUAUGCACUUGCUAUGAUUCUUGGCUUCGGUGCAUGUGUCUAUACAGCGAGAAGAUUUCAUUCAAAAUGCCGGAGGCAUGUCGUCUUAGCUGCGAGAUUGAUGAGAUUUAAAAUCAGCCUUACGGUAGCUGAUUUAAUUGUCCUAUUCGUUUAUGCACCAACACAAAUAAUUUGGAUCGGCACAUACAAUUGGUAUGGUGGUGAUAUAUUGUGUCGAACAACAAAAUUUAUUAAUACAUUUUCUCUUCAUUUAACGGCAAAUAUGCAAGUAUUAAUAGCGGCUGAUAGAUUAUAUAUCACUGCACAUUUGCGUACUGUUCAUCAGAAAUCUCGUUUCGCUGCAAGUCGUAUAAUUGCCUUAGCCUGGUUAUUGGCGUUUACUUGUGCUUUCCCACAACUUUUAGUAUUCCAUGUUUAUUUUUUACCUAAUGGCAAGCCACAAUGCGUUUCUAUAUGGACUGUUAUAAGAUUUCAAGAAUUACUGAAUCAGGAAUCAGCUGAGAUGUAUAACGAAUCUAAUGCGUAUAAUGUACUUCAUUUAUUUUCGAUUUAUAUUUUACCAUAUUGGAUAGAAUUAUUUUGCUAUGCAGCGAUACUCAUCUUAAUGAAACGUUUUCAUGCAGAUAUUCAUAAAAAACCAAAAAAAAUUAGCAAAUGGAAAAUAAAUCGAUUUUUCUGGAAUUCACCUUCACGUCCAUCAUCUAAUGUUCCUUUGAAUAACUAUAAAAGUUUUAAAGGAAGGAAAGCGAGGAGUAGAGAUACGAUUACGGUACUUUGCCCAUCAGAAAUCAAUUUAAUGCAAAAAACUGCAUCUGAAAUCUUCGAAAGGCAUAGAUAUCAAUCCGCGCCAUGUGUCAGCAAUAAUAUAAAUGAUUUUAAUAGUGAUGUACGAGGAUCGAAGGUUGCAUGGAGAAAUACUGUGGCGUUGGCGAGACGAAAAACCCGUCGAAAAGCAUUUUUGAUGUUGACAUUGAAUAUGAUUUUUUGGACACCAUAUUGUGCGAUGGGCCUUCUUAGUACAGUAAUGGUUUUCGAUCAUUCAGGUUAUGAUUUUGUCAAUGCUCUUGUUGUAUUAAAUGCUGUAUCAAAUUUAUUACUGUGA